AGCUAUUUUUACUUAGCAGAAUCUGGCAGCACUGGUUUGGAGCAGCUAUACUUUGUGUCCUUUACUAACACUAGUGGUCGCAGUAGAAUUAAUUUUUUUCCGCAAAAAUGAUGGACUUGCAGUCCAACGACGACAUUGAUUUGGAAGAUGGAGAGUUGUCAGCGAGUGGGGACGACGAAAUCUAUACGCCACUGCAACGACCGGCUCCCAAAAUUGCAACCACACCUGCUGCAAUCGCCAUAGAGAGCGUUGCAAGUCCGCUUGCCACAUGCCACCAAAUACAAAGCGCCCUCGACGAUGACGAGUCACAGUCCAAUACCGAAUCUUCAUCGGGCGAAUCCUCCGAAGAGGGUUGCAUCAAAAAGUUACGCACCGAUGCCGCCUCCACAGCCUCAACUGGGCUCAAUCAGAAGAAACGCAAGAAGCGCAUACGACGUACGGUUAUGGUACGAGUGGCGCCGCCAACAGACACCGAAUCAAAUCGAGCACGUUUCAAGAAAUACAACGUGUGGACUGCAGCGUUACAGGAGGAUGCGCUUAGCGAAAAUAUGCGAGGUUGCGAUGUCACCCGAAGCAGCAGCGACCGCAAUGUGGAGAAUUAUGAUUUUUCAAUGCGAUAUCGUAUGAAUGGUGAGAAUACAUUAAAGCGUCGCCUAUCUAACUCCUCCGAUGAGGGUAGCUCACAUCCAGCCCACAAAAGGGGUCGUCAAUCAAUGCGUCCUUCGACAGUAGAAAGCCAACGGGCGAGAAAUUCGGUGAAGAGCCGCCUUGGACAGCGUUCGCGUUCACGUCGUGGCAAUUCAUCGACUAGCGGUUCCUCGGAUAAUUCGAGUGAGCCAAGGCAUAUACCCGACUUGCAGGAAACGGGCGGACGAGAUGCAUGUGAUGUGGCCAGGGAAAUGGCCAGCAAACUCUACGAGGAGAAGGACGAACUCUUGGUGCGAGUUGUUGAAAUUCUUGGUUUAGACGUGCCUUUGGAACUAUACAAGGAAACUCAACGUAUUGAAGCUGAUGGAGGCAUGAUGAUCAAAAAUGGAAGACGUCGUCGCACGCCGGGUGGAGUAUUUUUAUUUCUUUUGAAGCAUCAUGAUAGUAUAACGCCAGCGCAACAAAAGUCAAUUUUUACUGAAGAUCGCCAAAAUGACACCAAAUCUCGCAAGCAAAUUGAGACAUUGAUACGCGAUCGCAAGGUCGAGGAACUGAAAAAAUGUCUGAGCGACAAGAGCACCGAAUUGCCUUCAUUGCUAAUACGCAAAGAGCACGAGUCUUUGAAUCAAAACUAUCAGCCUGGCAGUUUAUCUAAUCCGCCGCCAUCGCCAGUUGGACACGAACAGAAUAGCCCUGAGUAUAAGACACAUGAAAUAAACAUAAAUCUCAUUGAUGCUGAUCUACCCUCAACUUCAAAAGCUGCAGCAGCGACGGUGGGCCUUAAGGAGUUGGUCAGCUAUGAUGAUGAUAUCUUGGAUAUUAAUUGCGGCGAAAUGGACCUAUUCUAAAUGAACAAAACGCAAAGCGUUACAUUAUGCGGUCGGCCAUUUAUUUAUAUUCGAAAAAAUAUAUAUAUUUGUGGCGAUCAGUUUUACAUCUAAAUAGCUAGACCCAUAAUUGUACAUCUAAAUAAAUAAAUAGUAUGUAAGAUUUUUAGAAA